AUGGCAGCUGCUACCACUAGCUUUGGAACUGCCUGGUGUCUAAGAAGAGCAACUCACGCUUUCGCACUUUCUCAUCUCCGCACCAAUGUCAACCUCUCUUUUCCAAGCACCCUCACCUCUCACCUUCUCUCCCUUUCCACUCCUUCAGAUUCAAGUGCAAGCCAAGCAGUACAAGCUUCAAAAGGAGAAGUUGAUGUACUGCUCAAGGGAGUUGGGGAGAAAAGUGUAGCUAAUGAAGUGAAGCAUGUUCUUGAGAUGGCUAGACGAGCAUCCUUAAAACGAGAGAUUCUCCACACAAAGUUUCUAACCCCUCCAGUGCUGGAGGAAUCUAUGCAAGUAUUGGAAAAAUUAGCCGACGUUAAAGCAUUGGUGCAAGGAGGUUAUCCACAGGCCGAGCGAUGCCGGAUUUCUGUUGGACAUCCAGAUGAACUGACAAGUGAUCCAGAUGUUAUUUCGGCAUUGAGCAUUACGGGGAACUUCCAGUUUGAACCUUGCUCUCAUGGUGACUUCCUUGGUUCAAUUCUUGGUACAGGAAUUUCUAGGGAGAAACUGGGAGAUAUUAUAUUGCAGGGGGAACAGGGUGCUCAGAUAAUUGUUGUACCAGAACUAGUUGAAUUUCUUAUGACAGCACUGGAUAAGGUUCGAAAUGUUCCUGUAACCUGCACCAAGAUACCAUUAAUUUCUCUUGAUUAUGAAUCACCAAGAACGAAAUCAUUCAAAACUAUAGAAGCAUCACUAAGAGUUGAUGCAGUAGCUAGUGCAGGAUUUAAGAUUUCACGUUCAAAGCUAGUUGACAUGAUCAGCAAUGGAGAUGUACGUAUCAACUGGAUCCCAAUUACUACCAAAGGAACAACAAUCAAGAGUGGAGAUCUUGUAUCAGUUAGUGGAAUGGGAAGAUUAAAGAUAGGAGAAGUUAACACCACAAAGAAAGGAAAGUUUGCAGUGGAGCUCAUUCGAUAUUUGUAG